AAUACAUCAUAAGUCUCCAAAUACUCGAGUAUAAACAAAAAACAUCAUUUUCUGUGUGUAUUAAUUUUUAUUAUAGUUUCAGGCAUUUCCAGCUAGCUGCUUGUCGAGAUUAGACGUAAAACGAGAGCCUCGAAGCGCAAGCGAAUGAAUUUUUAAUUGUUCGACUGAUUACAAUACUGAAAUACUGAAAAAAAGAAGCAAAAGAAAUUAUUUAAUUUCAUUAAGUAUAUUUCGAGAAGAUUCCAAAACGGCAAAUUGUUCUAUAAAUCAUUAAUUAGAAUAAUGGCUGUUUACUUUAUCCCGAAAACAAAAUUGAUCUCAAGGGCAACAAAUUUCAGACCAAAACAAUGGACUAGUAGAUGGACGACAGUAAAAAGACCAUUCUCGCAAUCGCAUCAAUCAUACCACCAACAUAGUACAAAUAAAAGCCAAAAUAGUCAAACUGGUACCAAUAAAGGUAAAUUACAUAAAAUUAAACGCAAAUGGCGUUGGGGUGCUACGGGAUGGACAAUUUUAUCAAUUUUGGAUUGGUGGCUUUUGGCUGCAGGCGGAUGGCUUUCAUGGCAAGGAGUGAUUUUGAGAUGGACACCUUUAGGACUUUGUAUCGUCGCAGCAGCUCAGUGGCAUUUACACAAUAAAGAUUGUGAACGUAAAGGACUUCCAAGAACAGCACCUGCAUGGCAGACGAACGUUUAUUGCUCACUUCCGUUAAGAAUGAUGAGUCGAGGCUGGGGAUGGCUGGCAGAGAGACAGGUUCCUGAGACUUUUCGACCUACAAUUUUUGGACUUUAUUCUACAGCAUUUGGCGUUAAUUUAGAAGAGGCUGUUAUAUCCGAUUUAAAGCACUUCAAAAGCCUAUCUGAUUUUUUCACAAGAUCAAUAAAAGAAGAAUGUCGCACAAUAGCUCCUGACUGUAUAGUUUCACCAUGCGAUGGUCGAGUGCUUCAUUUUGGACCAGUUUCAGGUCAAACUCAUUUAGAGCAAGUAAAAGGCGUCACAUACAGCUUAGAAACUUUCCUAGGACCUAAUUGGAAAGAUAAUAAUAUAAACGCUUCAUACAUUGAAGGAAUUAAGGAAAAGAAAGAAGGAACGUCACUGUAUCAUUGUAUUAUAUAUUUAGCUCCAGGAGAUUAUCACCGUUUUCAUUCGCCAACAUCGUGGAAACCGAACUUUCGAAGACAUUUCCACGGUGAGUUGUUAUCAGUCAGCCCAAAAGUGGCAAAAUUAGUUCCGGGGCUGUUUUGUAUCAACGAACGUGCCGCUUAUAUUGGCGAGUGGGAGCAUGGAUUCUUUAGCUUUACAGCUGUUGGUGCUACAAACGUCGGUUCCGUUCAAGUUUUCAUAGACGAAGAUUUAAAAACAAAUAAAUGGCGAGGCUUGAAAGUCGGAAACAUGCGAGAAACUGAAUAUGACGAGGCGAAAUUAAGAAACGAUGUAUUUCUUAAUAAAGGUGAAUUAGUAGGUCAAUUCAAUAUGGGAAGCACAAUUGUUUUAGUCUUUGAAGCACCAAAAUCUUUUCGAUUCAGCCUAUCAUCGAAUCAAGUAGUAAAAGUCGGUCAGAGUUUAGGUUGCUUUUGUGAUAAUGACAACGAUAGCGGCAUGGAAAGUGAGGAAUGACUUGUAAAUAGAUUAAAAAAAGUGCCAUAGAAUAUUUUUAGAAUAUGACUAAUUUUAUAAAGAAUUUUUGUUUAAAAAAAAUUGAAUAAAAAGAGAAAAAUCAAAAACGGAUAUGAAUAGUCAGGGUUAGUUCUAUCGUGCAUAUAUUAAAAGAUUCCAUGAUGUCAAUUAUUAGUAGCAAUAAAUGUAUCAAAGUUGAGGAUCAUGAGUCUUCUGAUUGUGAUACUUUUUUGUACUGUUGAGGAUAUAUCCAAUAAUACGCAUAGUUACAAAUUGUUAACAAUCCAUAAGCUUAGAAUCGAUUUUAUUAGUAAAUUAAUGUAUUUUAUAAAUACAAAAUAAAUAAAAUUAAGAAUUUAGAUGA